AUGACGGCAGACAGUCUUCUUGGUUCAGAUGGAGGAAACGGUUUGGAGGACGACAAAAUCCGCCAAGUUUGGGCGUUCAACAAAAAGCCGCCUCCUACAGCCAAUGAAUGCAUCCACACCACCAUUGCCUCGAGAAAUGCUAGUCAGCCGGAGAAGGUAGUUGUGCAGGCGUGGGACGGUACACUGACAUUCGCCCAGCUAGAUGAGCUGUCAACAAGAUUAGCAGGUCACCUUGCUUCCCUCGGAGUUGGCCCCGAGGUGAUAGUUCCGAUAUGUUUUGAGAAGUCCAUGUGGACAGUGGUGGCGAUGCUGGGCGUUCUCAAGGCCGGCGGAGCUUUCACGCUCAUUGAUCCAGGCCUUCCUGAAGAACGAGUACGAGGUAUAUGCCUCCGAGUUCGAGCCAGGACUGCCGUCACGUCCGUCACAUGCAGAGCGUUGCUCUCGGGUUUGGCAGAAAACAUUGUGGUGCUUGACUGGAAGCUAUCGGAACAACCAUUCUCUAUCUGCCCCGUUUCACAACCAUCUCCGGCCGACGCUGCCUACGUUAUUUUUACUUCAGGCAGUACGGGGCAGCCCAAAGGCUGUGUUAUUGAACAUCGUGCAUUCUGCUCCGCUGCCCUAGGUCAUGGCUCCAUACUCAACGUCAACCAAGACACACGCUCUCUACAGUUCAGCUCCUAUGCCUUUGGCGUGUGUCUGGUAGAUAUACUUACCACACUAAUAGUCGGCGGCUGCGUCUGCAUCCCUUCAGAAGAAGAGCGCAGCGUGAAUAACUUACCGGCAGCGAUCCGCAAACUGAAUGCAAACUGGGUUUUGUUCACUCCGUCCACACUGGCUCACAUUCGUCCCGAGGACGUCCCAAGUCUGCAGACCAUCGUCCUGGGUGGUGAACCUGUCCAAAUCUCACAGAUCAAAGAGUGGUCGUCCAGAGUGCAUCUAAGACACGGGUAUGGCUGUGCAGAAGCAUGCGUAGCCAUGUCAGCUCUGCAGCUGAAUGAAACUUCGGCUACCAGCGAUGUUGGACAUGUAACCACCGGACGAUGCUGGAUGGUUGAUGAGACGGAUAUCAACCAGCUGGUUCCGGUGGGAGUGCCCGGAGAGCUCAUAUUUGAAGGGACAGCAAUGGGAAGGGAAUACAUCGAUGAGCCGGAGGAGACUUCUCGUGCCUUUAUACAAGCGCCGUCUUGGAGAGCCUCGUUUGGCCCAUGCGAAGCCGCAUCCCGGUUCUACAAGACUGGUGACCUCGCCGUGUUUAAACCCGAUGGAUCGGUUCAGCUCUUGGGAAGGAAGGAUACACAGAUCAAGCUCAACGGCCAGCGUAUUGAGGUUGGGGAAAUUGAGCAUCAAGUAAAACUGUCUACAUCGGUUGUCAAGGACGUUGCUGUGGAAUGCACCAUUCUCAACAACGGCAACGAGAGAGGCCCCGGUCUCAUAGGAUUUCUAGUGCUGGAAGAGGAUGAGGCAAAAGACAAAGUAAAAGAGGAAGUCAACACCAGGGACACAAACGUACAAAGUAUAAGCCAAGUGAGCUACAACAGCCGGGCCAUUACUGCCAUUCAAAGCGUCCAGGCCAAGUUACAAAGAGUACUACCAUACUACAUGGUACCAUCUGUACUAGUCGUCUUACCAAGUCUUCCAAAGACGCCCACGGGCAAGAUUUUCCGCAAGCAACUCCGGGAGAUUGUAUCAGCAAUGCCACCGCAUCAGCUAGCCAAGCUUCGCUCAUUUGCGAGAGGAGACAUGCAGAAGCCGCGGACAGAGCAGGAGCAUUGUCUGAGAAAGCUAUGGUCACAAGCCUUGAAACUGGACGCAGAUAGCAUUGGGAUUGACGACAACUUCUUCCACCUAGGCGGCGACUCCAAGGCGGCUAUACGGCUGGUUGGAGCGGCCAACAGUAUCGGACUUGCAAUGGCCGUGGCAGAUGUCUUUCGCAAACCUGUUCUCUCAGCCAUGGCUCAAAUACAGUCAAUAAAUAUCAAGACGGGCCCUGAAGUACAGCCGAUAAUGCCGUUCUCUCUGUUGAGGGACGACAGACCCGCCGCAGAUGUCUGUAAAGAACUCUCUGAUCUCUGCUCCGUGGAUCGGUUUUUAAUCGAAGACGCGUAUCCUUGCACGCCAAUGCAGGAGGGGCUGCUAUCUCUCUCAUCCAAAGGCGUCGGCGAUUAUAUCCAGCAAGUUGUGUUGGAGAUGUCCGAUGACGUCGAGCUUGAUCCUUUCAGGGCGGCGUGGGAACAUGUAAUUCGGUCAACAGCAAUACUCAGGACUCGGAUUGUGCAACACCCCCGGCAUGGCCUUGUUCAAGUCGUAUGCCAAGAUGGCGUAAACUGGACACGGCAUAGAAACUUGGAAGACUACCUUUGUAAGGACAAAUUGACACCGAUGGCUUUAGGUGGCCGCAUGUCACGCUAUGCUCUAGUUGAAGACAGCAAGACGGGCUCGCGGCGUUUUGUCUGGACUCUCCACCACUCAAUCUAUGAUGGAUGGUCUCUUCCUCACAUAAUCGAUAUGGUUGUUGACGCAUACAGCAAUAAGGGAACAAAGAAGCGACCAGAGUUUAAUGCCUUCAUCAAGCACGUUAUAAGCGAGGCUUCUGAUGAUGGUGAGGCCUAUUGGCGAUCUUACUUGGAAGAGGGAGACUUCUCCCCCUUUCCCUGCCUAUCAACAUCCUCUCGAGAGCCGGCGGCGGACUCGAGUCUGGAACUCAAGCACAAACUCUCACCCGGGCGGACAACGGAGAUGACGACGUCGACGCUGAUUCGAGGGGCUUUGGCAAUCCUCAUCAGUCGUUACACCGCUUCCAAGGAUGUCGUGUUUGGGGCAGUUUUGUCAGGCCGGAACGCACCGGUUGCGAGUAUCGAGGACAUCAUCGGACCUACGAUUACAACCGUUCCAGUGAGAAUAAAGUUGGAGCCAGAUCAGUCCGUCCAACAUUAUCUCCAGGAGGUGCAACAGCAGGCCACGGACAUGAUUCCGUUUGAGCAAAUGGGUUUAAAACGCAUUGCAAAGAUAAAUCGAAGCAGCCAGAGCGGCUGCAACUUCCAGACGCUGCUCGCAGUGCAGCCGGAGAGCAGCAUAAAGGCAGGCGGCACUCUUGGGCAGUGGAGGUUAUCCUCUACUCAGCCAUCAGUCACCACGUACGCUCUUGGGCUGGAGUGUUUCAUUGACAAGGAAGAAGUGACCGUCAAGGCCAUCUUUGACACGGCAGUCAUGGGCGUGUGGCAAGCAGAGCACAUGCUGCGCCAGCUUGACCUUGUUUUGACACAGCUAGAGGGUGCCUCACCCGAAAAGAUGGUCAGCGAUGUUGAGGCACUCACAGAUGUAGACGAGAAAGUCAUAUGGGCAUGGAAUCAAAGGGUGCCGAGCGCUGCCAACCGCCUUCUUCACGAUCUCAUCAGUGAACAAGUCCUAGCAACACCAGAAGCUCCAGCUUUGUGUGGAAUGGAGGGCAACUUGACAUUCAGAGAAUUGGAAGCAGCUUCCACACGCCUAGCAUUCCACCUUGGCCAACUCGGAGUCUCCCUGGGUGCCUUGGUACCAAUUUGUUUUGAGAAGUCGAUAUGGGCAGUGGUGGCCAUUAUAGGUGUACUGAAAGCUGGGGCGGCAUUCGUUCCUCUUGAUCCUGAGCAACCUUUCGAAAAUCGAUGGCCUGUCUUGGAAAUGACGCAAGCUUCCAUGGUUCUGACGUCUAAAUCCUACAGCAGCCUCCCGCUCCCGCCAGGCUGCAAGUCCUUCGUCGUGAACGAGAACAGUCUUGCUGGUAUACCAGAGCAUAGCAUAAAUCUUGUUCCAUCAGGCGCUGGACCAGAUUCUACCGCGUACGUUAUAUUCACCUCGGGGACCACGGGUCAGCCCAAAGGGGUGGUCAUCCAACACCGAGCCAUUUCGAGUAGCUGUCUUAGUCACGGGCCUGUGUACGGCAUCUCUCCGACAUCAAGGGUCCUUCAGUUUGCCUCGUACACAUUUGACGCAUGCUUGUUCGAAAUAAUCAUGACGCUAAUACAUGGAGGAUGUGUCUGCGUACCGUCAGAAGAACAAAGGUUGGGGGAUUUAGCCAGCACAAUGAGAGACAUGUCCGUCAACACAGCGUUUCUUACUCCGACGGUAGCCCAAGCAGUCCAACCUGAGAAUGUGCCAGCGCUCCAUACGUUGAUAAUGGGUGGUGAGGCGGUCACAAAGGCCGACUUUGACAGGUGGGACAGGGUGUCGAAGCUAUUCAACGGUUACGGCCCGACCGAGACGACGGUGAUAGCAGUUGUUGACUCGUAUGAGAGAUAUGCCGUCGGCAAUAACAGGAUCGGAAAGGCAGUUGGAUGCGCGACUUGGGUAGUCGACCCCUGGGACGAGAACAGACUCGCACCACUGGGGGCCAUUGGAGAGCUAUUUAUAGAAUCGCCAUCUUUAGCCCGGGAAUAUCUCGCAGACCCUGUGGCAACGGCGGCAGCUUUCGUCAAUGAUCCUACAUGGCUGCUUAGAGGCUGUGGCAACUCGUCCGGCCGGAAGGGCAGACUGUACAAGACCGGUGACUUGGUUCGCUACAACCAGGACGGGAGCUUAAGCUUUAUCGGACGCAAGGACAGUCGCCUAAAGAUUCGUGGUCAAUGGCUAGACGUUGCAAAGGUGGAACACCAAGUGCGGAAAUGCAUGCCAUCCGGUACUCAAGCUAUUGCCGAGGUGAUAGAGCUGGUAGGGGCCAAGGACAAGAAGAUGCUGGCAGUAUUUAUACAGGCAGCCGGGAAAGAAGACGACGGCAAGAGAGAAAACAACAUGGUGUCCGUGGUUCUACCUGUGGUAGCCGGGAUAGAGGUAGUGCGUCUCCGGCCGGAGCUUGAAUCGGCACUUUCACGGAGUGUUUGGAUAAACACGGUUUCCAUGGUGUAUUUCCGGGUUGCUCACUUUCCAGUCAUGGCCUCAGGGAAGACGGACCGGAGACGACUUCGCGAGAUGGGCGCAAUGCUUUCAUCACAGCAACUCAUGGAGCUUCAAGCAGCGGCCGGUAAAGGAAACCAGCAGCCACGAACAGAGGUUGAGCGGUUACUGCAGCAUGCCUGGGCUCAGGUGCUCAAUAUCGAAUACGGCAGCAUUGGUAUAGAUGACAAUUUCUUCCAUCUCGGCGGCGACUCAAUCACCGCAAUGCAGGUCUCUGCCGUUGCCCGGGCCUCUCUGGUCGAUGUCUCAACCACAGAUAUCCUCCACAAGAGGACAAUAGCUAUGAUAGCACUCACUGCCAAGUCUCUGCGAGAGGGGCCAGUCAUGGGAAUCGACCAAGGGAACGAAAAAAAUGACGUGGUGGCGUUCGACCUGAGCCCUAUUCAGAAGCUGUAUGUACAGCAUGAGACAAACCACAUCAGGUAUUUUGACCAACACUUCUUCCUAAAGCUGUCUAGCCCUGUUCAAUACGCUUGCCUCAAGAAAGCCAUGGAGACGGUUGUGUCAAGACACUCCAUGCUACGCGCCCGGUUCAGCCAAACGAGCGCCGGUAAAUGGGAACAGCGUAUUGUCGACGACGUCUCUAGCUCGUUGCACAUGUGUCAAAGCAACAGCGGGAGCUCCGAAACAGAAAAGGCCCUGGCAAUCCGUCGAUGCCGUGAGACAGUCAACAUAGAGAAAGGUCCGUUAGUCGCAGCUGUCGUGUUCAACGACGCAGAUGCCACGAGUAUCUUCAUCUCUAUACACCACAUGGUCAUUGACUUGGUAUCAUGGCGUAUCCUGCUGCAGGAACUAGAGUGUCUGCUCAGCUCUAGUGGCCCCCCUUUGCCACAGACAUUGAGUUUCCAAGCAUGGUGCAAGUUGCAGGCGCAAUAUGCCGCCAACAACCUGGAAUACCUCAGAUCGGCUCCGGAAGCCAGUGUCGUACCACCACUCUUGUCAUACUGGGGACUCAACGAGCACUUGAAUACCCAAGGAGAGACUAAGACGACGGGUUUUACACUCGAUGAGUCAACCAGUGCCGCAAUCCUUGGGCGCUGUAAUAACGCGUUUGCAACCCGGCCCGUCGAGUUGAUGAUAUCUGCCCUUGUCUAUUCAUUCAACGCCACCUUUACGGACCGUCCAACACCAACAGUCUUCAGUGAAGGUCACGGUCGCGAGCCGUGGGAUGACAACCUUGAUGUUUCGCGUACAAUAGGCUGGUUUACCACCCUGUGGCCUGUUCAAGUGCAAUCCUCCGCCUGUGGAAGCCUACUUCACACCACCCGUCAGGUCAAGGACGCCAUCCGUGGACUGUCUCAGAAUGGCUGGGCGUACUUUACUUCCCGGUUUGCCAAUGAGGAGGAUGCCAGAGCCAACGCCCGCGAUUUCCCCGUGGAAGUCAUAUUCAAUUACGCCGGCUCUUUCCAGCAAUUUGAGCGAAGCGGAUCGCUCUUCGAUCCUUUGACCGUUCCGAGCGGAUGUCACCCACCGGCCUUCUCGGGGUUGAAGAGAUUCGCACUUUUCGAUGUUGUUGCCACAGCAAAUAGCGAUUGCCUACAUAUAGACUUUGUGUAUAGCACCAAGUCCCUUCACCAAGACAGAAUCCUGGCCUGGGUGGAGCAGUAUCAAACGGAACUGAAGCAACUGGUCAAUAUUCUGUGUGACAGGCCUUUGGAGUGGACAUUGGCUGAUUUCCCAAUGGCAUUCAAGUCGUAUGACGCCAUCGUCUGUUUCCGAGGUCGCCUGAUGCCACAACUGGGUAUCCCGCACACUGGCGACAUCGAGGACAUCUAUCCCUGCUCGCCGAUCCAGGAAAACAUAUUGAAGGCUCAAGACCAGGAUGUCAACCGGUCUCGGAUAUUCUUCGACUUUGAGAUCACAGCCAGUGAUGACAGUGGCGGCGUCAACUUGGCAAGGGUCGAGCAGGCAUGGCGAGCUGUUGUACAAAAACACCCUCUCCUACGCGCCAUGUUAGUGGACGGCACGCCAGGAAGUGAUGGAAGCUUGAACAUUAUCCUUCGCGACCCGAUACUAAGCUUGUCAUAUAUACGUGCCGGAGACGAGGCAGCCGAGAAGAGAGGCUGCCCAGACGAGCCGGCACCGAUUCCUUAUAAGCGGAAUGGACUCCAGCACCAUCUGACGGUGCGUCAGGUUAAUGAGAAGCACGUCACUCUUCACUUUGAGAUGAACCAUGCCAUUUUGGACGGCCAUUCGAUCUUUAAAGUCUUGUUAGACGACUUUCGUCAGGCAUACGCCGGUCGUCUCGACGCCAUGGGUGCCCCCUAUUCUCGAUUCGUUCGGUACAUCGGACAGCAGUCAUGGGAAGCUAACCACGCAUACUGGAUGAAGUAUUUGGAUACCGCAGAGCCUUGUCUGAUAUUCAAUCCUUCAGAUGCUAAGCGCAGCAGGAGUGACAUUGUAUUGUACGUGCCGGGCCUCGAUAUAGACAUGAUCAACUCAUUCUGCGCGAGGUGGGAAUUGACAAAGGCCACCAUCGUCCAGGCAGCCUGGGCAAUGGUGUUGAAAAUGUACCUUGGUUGCUCAGUCUCCUGCUUUGGCAUGUAUACCUCGGGACGAGAUAUCCCUGUCAAAGACGUGGAUCGGAUAUUCGGGCCGUUGAUGUGUCUAAUGCCCCGUCGUAUCCAACUUGAUGGACAUGGUUCAGUCGUUGAGACUCUGAGGGGGAUACAUGAAGACUACGUCAGGAGCCUUCCACAUCAGACUCAUCCUGUCGCGGACAUGUGCAAGGCCCUCGAUAUCGGCCCGCCUGGACUGUUCAAUACCACCUUGUCUUACCAAAGAGGCAAAGUCGUCGACGCCGAGGCCGAGUCUGGGCACAGUUGUCGUUUUGGAGAAAUGCGCACGUAUUCAGGGGUAUGUAAAGCUCUGGGUCAAGCAAUGGAAAAACGAAGCUAA